AUGAAAUGCUUUGUUAAAGACAAUAUUAGUCAAUUGACUUCCACUGUGCAUGUGCUGUAUUUAUUUCAGGCCAAGCUGAACCGUGGAGAGAGCAGUUUAUCUGGAGCCCUCGCCUACGACGUGGCCACUCUCAUUAAACAGUUCUGCAGGGAGCUGCCAGAGCCUCUGUUUCCCAGUGAACUCCAUGCAUCUCUGCUGAAGGCCCAGGGACUGUCCAGUGCAGAGGACAGGAUGUCAGCUCUGCAGCUGCUCUCCUGUCUCUUACCUGCGCAGAACUUCUCCUGCCUGCAUUAUCUCUUCAACUUCCUGUCUGCCAUCGCCCAGAGGUGUUCCGAGAACUUAAUGACCAUCUCCAACCUGGCCACAGUCUUUGCUCCGUGUCUUCUCCCUCCUCCCGACAAGACUGAGAUGUCUGAAGGACGACUGGAGCUCAGGGUUCGAGUUUUGAGCACCUUCAUUGAAAAACCUCACCUGUUUGGUGUGAUUCCCAAAGCUGUGAUGGACAGUAUGCUUUUCCUCACAAACCUCCGUAUCCCAAAAAAAACACCUUCUAAAAAAGUGCAGAAAAAGAGACACAGUUUUAAGAUGAUGCCAUCUGUGAAGACGAGGUCAAAGUUCACUCCUGCUGCAUCUGAACCCAGCUCAGAGUCCACAUCAGAGGCUAAACCAGGCAUGAGGAGGAGCCAGGGUUUGGGGACAUUUCCCAACAUCACGCUCUUCAGGACGUGUCUGCCCUCUACUGAACAAGCUUCCUGUUCCAUUAUGUCCUAUGAGGAUCCAAUGCAAAGUCUAUUAAAAAGAGAAUUACGUUUGGGUCCCAUGUUCCACAGAGGACAUCAGACAGACGUGGACACACUCGGUGGUUUAAGGAAGCUGCAGCUCACACCCUCUUUGUAACACGUCACAGGACUGUGAGGUAGCCACACUGAUGGACUGCAAAUGUCCACUUAGAGUAGUACAACGAAUAGACCACUGCUGUGGGCCACAUGACUUAUUUUAAACAUAAUAUUAAUUUAAGACAGUGAUGUUGUUGGUUGGUUAUUUAUUCUUAAUCAUGUGUUAAAUAUGUUUUUGGUCAUUUUAUAUCAGAUAAAUAAAUAUUUAAACUUUU